CAUAAACAAAGCUUAAUUUGUACGAUUACGAGUUUUUCGUCAAACAUGCGUUAUUAUACGUAUUGUAUGCACACCGGUUUCCAUAUAUAAUUAGGAAUUAUCAAUUUACAGUAAAAAUGCCGACGGUAAUUCUACUGGACGUGUCUUUGUCCAUGUCACGGACGGUGCCCACAUUAGACCCUAUCGAAAAUCAUACCCGGCUUACAGUUGCCACUGCAGCUAUCAAUUCAUUUUUGGAUUUCCUAAGUGUUCACGCAAGACUAGAGUACGUCGCUUUGGUUACUUUCUCUUCCAUAUGCGAAGUGGCCGUUCCAUUCACUCGAGAGUUUGAGAAUAUUCGCAACAAACUGCCACUUCUAGAAGAGGGCGAUAAAACAUGCCUGGACUCGGCAUUGGCUGGAGUCAGUCAGCUUAUUCUUACUGAGUGGGGAUACCAGACGCCCAUGCAAAUCAUAUUGAUAACUGAUGGCAGUAUAGGUUCGGGUCCAAUUGGUAGAAGUAGAGCCAUACAAAACCUGCCCCUGCCAGCACCAUAUCCUGUCAGGAUUCACAUUUUGCCUAUAGUCUCACCCGUUGAUCCCUGUUUGCAGCAUGCAAUGCCACUUUACCAGAAAAUUGUGGAUCUGGCUACUUCUGCUAAUAAUUCAAGUGGAAAUGUCAGUCGAGGAUCGGUUUAUUGCCUAGACCAACUUUCAGUGGCCAGUGCGGUGAACGCGAUGACGCGGCUGUGCGAGCAGCACUACCAGGAGUUCUCGUGCACGCUGAAGUGCGGGCAGCUCGCGGCGCGCGUACAGCUGUUCCCGGAGCCGCACCCCGCCGUGCACGAGGGCUACGCCGCCACCUACACGCUCUCCAACGAGAUCAACAUUAUGGGGUUCAUGCACGUUAGCGAACUGGGUACUCCGAUAGCAGUAAGCAAGCAUUUAGUGGUGCCUCAAGCUCAAAACGGAAACUCUACCAACAGAGAAAAUUACGGCGCCAAAACCCCUAUAAAGGAGGGGUCGAGCAUGGAUGGCAGUUCACCGGAUGAAGAAGUGUUGGACCCCAGCAAGAUGCCUAAUUUCUGCGUUCUACUCCAUGGAGCGCUUAAGGUGGAAAACAUGGCGGCAAUAGUAGAGCUGGGCGGCGACUGGUGGGGCGCGCUGGUGGCGUGGAACGAGGCGUCGCGCUCCCGGCGCUCGUGCCUGCUGCUGUGCGUGCUGCGGCCCGGCGCCUCCGCCGCGCCCUGGCUCGGCCCGCUCGACCAGCUGGGCACCUGCGACGAGAACACACCGCCAUCGGAGACGUACCCGGUGCGGUCGUGGCGGUCGUACAGCGGCGGCGGCGCGGGCUGCGCGUGGGCGCGGCCGCACGCGCUGCUCGCCGACGUGCAGAAGGUGCUGCGCCACGCGCGCAAGCUGCCAGACAAGACGCAGCACCUCUACAAGGAACUGAACCGAUUGCGCCGCGCCGCGAUCUCGCUAGGCUUCUCCGAGCUGCUAGCGUGCGUGGGCGCCGCGCUGGAGCGCGAGUGCGCCACGCUGCCCGCCGGCGCGCCGCCCGAGUGCGCGCUGCAGCUCGCGCACGCCGCCGCCGCCCUGCGCGACCCGCGCACGGCUCUCGACGUCAAGCACACCCUGCAGCCGCUGGCCAGCAACUUCACUGUCACCUCUAUGCCACAUUAACAACUCGUACGAAAUUCUUGGAAUAGCUGGCUGCCAUGAAACCGUUAGACGGCUCUUGGCGUCAAACGUAACCUGGGGGCCGAUUUUUGAAUUUCUAUCGCUCGAUUUCGUCGCUCGAAAAUUGGUGGAAAACGGCGAAAUGCUAAUUUUUGAAAUACAAGCGAUCGAAAUUUGGAAUCUAGUGGUAUUGACCACUCGAUUUCAAUUCUAUUAGUAGAAUUUAAACGCCUAGUAGUGGAGAUAUCAUUUAAUGAAAUACACGAAAUCGAGUGGUCGAAUUUCAAAAAUCGGCCCCCAGCAUUCAGUAGCCAGUCAUAGUUUCAGCAAAUUUGGAAAAUGUAGACGCCAAGGUCGGUUUCCAAAUAAUGCCACAACUUGUGCAUAAUUUUUGGUACCUACAUCUUACAUCUGGCUUAUAUGGCUGCCGCAGCGCGCGAUGUUAGGCAUUGGAAGAUUUUUAAGUGCAGUCACUGGUUACUAUCUGCAUCACCUCGACGAACCUAUUGAUCUUUUGUACAACAUUCUAAUAAAGUAAUAUAGUAAGUUU